GUUUACGUGCUUUUGUAAAGAAUGUUCGAUUCCCACUUUGUAUCGUUCCGAGAAUAUGGCGCAAAAAAAUUUGUUAGCAAAUUUCCAAAGACUUUUUUAUUUGAACCGAACAAAAAUGUCAUGUUUAAUGGUUAGUAUAAAUUUGGCCUCUUCAGUUUGUUAGUGUACUCAUGUCACCUGUGGUUAGGCCUCGAUUUUCUACUUUCUUGCUGAGGAAGAUGAUUUAUUUUUUGCUUCUUAUAUUGUGCGGACUUUGUUUACAGGUUGCUGGUCAGGACAGCACAUAUGACUGCCAAGUGAGCCAAGGGAGAGAAGUGAAUGCAGCUGAUGAGAACUGUGCGAGUUACUAUGAGUGCACGGACUAUGUGGGGGAGCUGAGGCGUUGCAGGAGAGGCCAGCGAUUUGACACUAGUGAUCAGGUUUGCAAGCCGAGCUCAGAAGUGAGAUGUAAUCGACAGAGAAGUGGCUCAAGGCGAACAACCAGCAAGCCUUUGGAGACAACCACCACGCCUCUACCAACCAGCACAACAACCGAAGCUGCACCCCGUAGUAAAAGGCCAGGUUUGGUCAGCCUUCUGGGUGCUUUGUUGCCACAGUUUGGAGGGGGUGUUGGGGGUGCUGGAAUUCUGGGUCUAAAUGGUAAUGCAGCUCUGGCACCAGUACCCUUCAAUGAUGGGGGAUAUCAGCCAGUUAACCAAGGUCCAGCAUUUUUUAAUGCUGCUCCUAACUUUGGAAAUACAGGCGCCUUCAAUGGGUUUCCACAGCAAACAAAUUUUUUUCCAUAUCCUAACACUAACCAGUUUGGAUUCAGCGGAGCUUUUGGAAAUCCUCAACCUCAAUUUUCUAACAAUGGUUUUGGAACCCCUCCAUUUUCUAACAAUGGUUUUGGAACCCCUCAAUUUUCUAACAAUGGUUUUGGAACCCCUCAAUUUUCUAACAAUGGUUUUGGAACCCCUCAAUUUUCUAACAAUGGUUUUGGAACCCCUCAAUUUUCUAACAAUGGUUUUGGAAACCAAGCCUCAGUUGAGGUAGAAAACCCUGUCCAGCCUAUUGUGGUGCACCUUCAGCCCUACCCACCCCAGGUACAAACACCUGCCACACCAAACCCUGGACAACAAAAUGUUCUCACAGAUCUCUCAGGUGGGGGCCACAAAGUUCCUGACCAAGUUUACCAGCCAUCCAACCACAGCCCAGCUGAAUUUUUCCCUGCAAUAAAACAAGUUGGUAACUUACAAGCAAGCCCUAAAGCCAGUGGCACAGUUCUCCCGGCUGAUUCAAGCAGAAACAAAAGAGAAGCGCUCAGAGAGCAUCUCAUGCGCUCCCUCAAAGCUAUGCCAAGCUCUGACAAGAAUAAACCUAAUGAGCAAUCAGACACACAGCUAGACAGAAAAGCAAGUGAAUCCAUUCAUUCAUUGCCAGACCUGUUUAGGCAAGCUAUAGGGAUGUUUCCCAGCUUGGAAUCUUUAGCCCAGACUUUAGACAUAAACUUUGAUGCUGUCAAACUAGCCAAACAUGUCAUUUCUCAAUUCUACACAGUACGGCAUGGUUUAUCAGAUUUCAUAUCUGAUAAGGAUGUGUCAUAUGUACAGAAACUAGCCGAUGAAAUCAGACGAAUUGAAGGCUCCCUCUCUGAGAAACAAGACUUGGACCUUGUUUUAGAAAAACCAUCUAGCAGAAGAGAGCCUGGAUCUAAGAGCCUACAGCCACCUCACAAGCUGGGUCAACUCAAGCCCAAAAUUUAUGACCACAUUUCUUCAGGCAACACAGCACCCCAUGAGGACUCCACAACAUUCUCUGCCUAUUUUCCUCAAUCAGCAGUCAAUCAACACAACAGCCCGCCUUCCAAAGUUUCUCACAUGCCAGCACAGAGAGACUCGCGGUACAGACCAACCAAGUACAGGCCUAGAAUUGACCAGCUCCCUCCCCAACAAUUGGAGCAGCCAAGGUACUACCUGCCAGCCACUGGUCAGUUUUCAAGUCAAUACCAACCCAAGUAUUAUAAGCAACACACCAAACACAUGCCUGCCCUCCCAAGUGUGCAUCAAGGUCAUACACACACAUGGAACACACCUGUAGACAACAGACACCAUUCUAAAUUUAGCUCAAGAACCUACAAUUCUAAAGGCUAUCCUCGUAUGAGAACACAACUUCAGCCAACAUAUGAACCUCUACCCAGUACUAAUGAUGCCUCAGUUCUCCCAAGAUAUUACACUUCUCCACGUGCUGACCUGUUAGAAACUCCUCUUAUGGACAAUAAUGGACUGUCCAGUAUCAACCUCUCAGAGUCAAACCCAAAACAAACCUUGAAGCAGUUAAUGCAUUAUCCACCCAGCCGUGGCCAUUAUAAGAAACUUGAUCAAGAGCCACAGAACAAGCUGCACACCAAUUCUUCAAGUUCUGCAGAUGACAAUAUCAGACUCACAUUGCAAAGUCAAGUGACAUUACAGCUUAAAAAUCUAAAAAUGCCAAUAAUUUUAAAUACUGAUGGUCGUCGGAUUGAUUUUGCAAUGAACGGAAAUGAAAAUAAGCCAUAAAUUGUUACAUA